ACUCUGCAGUUCCUUGUUUGUCAGUGCUUUACUGAGAUUUAAAUGCAGUAUUUAAAUGUAUAUUUUUUUGAUAUGAGUAAGGUAGAAAAACUAAAAAAGAUGAUCAAAACAGAGAAACUCGUUUCCAUCAAGAAAAGCAGUAAAAACUUGGUCAGCGUUGUCCGUGAGCAUUAUCUUAGGAACGAUAUACCAUGCAAAAGCAGACGAUGCAAACUGUGUCAACAACCAACAGGAAUGUCUAUGCUACCUGCAGAUACGACACAUUAUGUUAUUCCUGACUGUCAAGUGACAAAGAAGUACCUAGAGAUUUUUCAACUAAAAGAACUAACAGGGCUGAUAUUUCUUCAAACAGUGAAAAACUUUGUUCAAUACUCUUGUGGAAGAAAUUUGCUCAGAGAUUUAAACAAGUUAAUAAAAGACACAACAAAGGAGUCCAUAUUUUUCGACAAUGAGUUUCACAAAGCAUGCUAUGUAGAACGCAAACAUGGUGACAAUAUUGACAAAUGGCGAAUGAACAUUAUUUACCAAUUUGCUGUUUGGUAUUUUCAACACUUAGAUGAAGAAAUUCCUAUCAUUAUAAUUACUAAUGAUGAAAAUGCAAAGAAAGACUAUGGGAAUAAGACCCAUCAUGUUUUUGUUUUAUCAAUGGAUGAGUACAUUACAAGCUUUUGGCCUGACCUAACUGAUGCACAUAAUCUGCUAGAAUCUCUCAAUGUGUCAUCAACAGUUGACAUAAAAGUUGGUGAUGCAAUUUGCAAAGAAUUUCAAGAGUACUAUCCAUCACUUGUGUUACAAUCUGGAAUCAAAUCUGGUAGAUUUAUUUCCAGUUAUCUUAAAGUCAACAAACACAAUCCUAACAGAGAAGCAUUUAUUCAAACAAGCACUACAAAAAAUUCCUCAUCUGUUACAUCAGUGGAUAUAUUCAUACCUGGCACAGUUUUUCGUAACCGAUCCAUCGAUGGGGAUCUUGUUGUUGUAGAAUUACUUCCAAAAGAUCAAUGGCAAUCGCGUUCAGCUUCUCUUGUUGGCUCUGACACAGAGUCUGCUACUGCGCAGGACUCAACAACCAUGAUGACAGGACGUGUAGUCGGAAUUUUACAAAGAAAUUCUCGUGAUUUUGUUGUGACAAUACCAGAUAGGGAGGAAUCUGUGAAAAAAACUACUGAGAAAAUACUAACCGUUCCAUGGGAUGUCAGAAUACCUAAGAUUAGAAUCAGUACUAGACAAGCCUCUAAACUAAAAGAUUCUAGAUUUAUUGUUCGUAUCGAUUCAUGGGAGACAAGUUCGUUAUAUCCAAAUGGACAUUUCGUGAAGUUGUUAGGACCAAUUGGUGAUAUUGAAACAGAGAUAUCUACCAUUUUAAUGGAACACUCGUUGGUAGUUGCACCAUUCAGUGAGGGAAUUUUAAAGGAAAUGCCAAUAAGAACAAGGGGUGAUUUUUGGGAGAUGGAGAACGAAGAAAUGAUGAGGAGAAAAGAUCUCAGGAAUUCUCAUCUCAUAUUCAGUAUAGAUCCACAAGGAUGCGAGGAUGUCGAUGAUACCUUAUCUGUUCGACAAUUAUCAAAUGGUAGGGUAGAACUUGGUGUACACAUAGCAGACGUUACACAUUUUGUGAAAACAAACAGUUUAACUGACUCGGAAGCGAGAUCUAAAACUACUACAGUUUAUUUAGCAGACAGAAGAUAUGAUAUGUUACCUGAUGUACUUAGUGCAGAUUUAUGUUCCCUUAUAAGUGGUGUGGACAGAUAUGCUGUCAGUGUUAUCUGGACUCUUGAUGCAAAUUAUGAAGUUGUUGAUGUAUGGUAUGGUCGUACUGUCAUCAGAUCAAAAUAUAAAUUGUUUUAUGAGGCAGCUCAACAAAUUGCUGAUGGUGAAAUGAAACUGAAAGAAGCUGUGGAGAAUAUUCCUGAAUUAAAAUUGAUUCAAAAUGAUAAACAACAAAAUAAAGAUUUUCAAGAAAUGAAAGAGGCUAUCAUAAUGUUAAUGAGUAUUGCUAGACAUUUGAAAGCUAAAAGGUCAGACAGUGGUGCAGUCGAUUUGGUGAGCACUGAAGUUCAGAUUCAAGUUAUAGACUCAAAAGAAGUUAAAAAUCUUCUUCCGAAGAAACCACUGGAGGUGCAUGAAACAAUAGCAGAAAUUAUGAUAUUCGCUAAUCACUGGGUGGCGAAAAAGAUUAAAGACACAUAUAAGAAUUUUGCACUGCUGCGAAAUCAUCCAGCACCAAAACAGGACGGUUUUGACUCUUUGAAAGAUUGUGCAAAAGCUAAAGGCUUCAAUGUCAACACGAGUUCCAACCAAAAUCUUGCUGCGUCAUUGGAUGAAUGUAAUGACCGUGACCCAAACUUUAAUAAGAUAUUACGUAUGCUAGCUACUCAAGCUAUGAUGGUAGCUUCAUAUUUUUCAACGGGAUCUGUGGAAGCAGACAAAUACUAUCAUUAUGGUUUGGCGUUGGAUUCAUAUACACAUUUCACGUCGCCUAUUCGAAGAUAUGCUGAUGUAUUGGUUCAUCGUUUACUCCUAGCUAGUGUUAACGAUCCCACAGCAGAAAUAUCUAGUUUGCUAGGAAACAAAGAAUUACACGAGUUGUGUGACCAUAUUAAUAUGAAACACAGGGAAGCGGACCAUGCCCAAAAAGAAUCUGUAAAGCUGUUUCAAGCAAUGUACUUUAGACAACAUAUUGAUGACGAAACUUGUAUUGUGGAUGCUUUGGUAUAUAAUUUACGGACCAACGGCGCUCUGAUAUUCAUUCCUAAAUACAGUAUAAAGGGAGCAGUGUUUUUAAAAAACAAAGAAGGAUUGGUAUGUACACCCUAUGAUGGGAAUACGGUGAAAUUUUUGAAAGGCCAACUUUGUAAAGAAGCAAACAAAAUCGUGAUAACAUAUGAUUCUGGAUCGAUCAAUGUGGCUUUGUUUUCUUAUUUAAAAGUUCGGAUAAGUGUAAAGAGUUGUAAAACACAUUCCGACCAACUUCACUUUGAUGUUGUUUCGUUUAAAUCUGAUGUUCACCUGCAGAAGGACGUCACGAAAGUUGAACGAAAUGAAUUGAUUCAUAAUGUGAAAAAAAAGAAUGAAGAAAAGAAAAAUACUGCGGAAACUAACGAAGAAGAAAUAAAGAAAAUAGAAUUAAAGAAAAAAUAUGGACAAACGCAUAAAAGUGUCAGUUUGUAUGAAUUAUUUCAAAGUUUCAAGAAGACUGCUAUAUUAGAAAAAACUUAGAAGAAUUGUGAGCGUGAUUUCUGUUUUUAUAUGUAUAAUUUUUUUAUGUUAUACUUUUACUUUCUACGUAACUGUUUAUUAACCACCAUAAAAAGUUGAAACAGCUGUCUUUGUGGGUUGAUUCUCUGUGUAUGUGCGCGUGUGGGUUGAUACAGCAGUGAAAUGAAGAGUUGGAACAGCUGUGUGUUCUAAUGUUUAAGAUCUGUCUACAAAAUGAGACGAGAGUGUGACAUUCUAUUGUGCGUGCUUACCCAUUUUGUCAAAUACAAUUUAGGGAUCCUACAAAUUUGAUCAUGUAUCAACCCUUUUGUUGAAUUCAAGAUGACAUAUUUAACUUUUCGAAAUAAAAUUCGGCAAGGCGGAUCAACGAAAGGGUUAUACACAAUCCAAAUUCGCCCACACCAGUAUUUUCUAAGCAGAACAAUUUGACGGACGAAUAUGAUGUAUUGAUUAAUAUUUAACAUAUACAAAUGUAUUAAAUAAAAAACUUUUAAGCGCAAUAAUAAUCACAACACUGUA